ACUUGUCAAUCAACAAAAUUCAAACAAAUCCAUAAAUAAUAUAAAACGCGAUGUGAAACGGAACGGCGGUGUUUAGAUUUUCUGAAUAAUUUUUCUUCAUUCAAUUAUUUCAGUUCACAUUCUUGUUUCAUUGACGUUCUCCUUGUUUGUAAAUAAUAACCGCUGGAAAUAGUACGCAAUGUUAAAUUACGCGCAUUCCUCAAUCGAGUGCACAUUACGUAAACGGGCAGUUGCAGUUAAUUAAUUAUGUUACAAACCCAAGUUUCUAACCUAUAGGAAUAUUUGUUUGUGUUGUUUGAUAAACAAAUGUGUGAUAAUGCCGCCGUUUAGAAGGAAGAAAGCUGCUAAGUCGUUCCCUGUUAAAGUGUGUACUCUUGACGCGGAACUAGAGUUCAACCUUGAGUGGAGAGCUACCGGCAGAGACCUGUUUGACCUGGUGUGCAGGACCAUAGGGCUGAGAGAGACAUGGUUCUUUGGACUGCAGUUUGAGGACACUAAACAUUUUAUAAGCUGGCUCAAGUUGGAUAAAAGAGUACAGGACCAAUGUGUAUCCCAAAUGCCUGGCACACCAUUUAUGUUGCUCUGCAAGCUGUACCCCGAAGAUGUGGCGGAGGAGCUGAUCCAGGAGGUGACGCAGCACCUGCUGUUCCUGCAGGUGAAGCAGGCCAUCCUCAGCAUGGACAUAUAUUGCCCGCCGGAGGCUUCAGUUCUACUCGCCAGUUACGCUGUUCAAGCUAAGUAUGGUGAUUACGACGAAAGUGCAUACAAGCCAGGCAUGCUGGCCAGCGAGGACUUGCUGCCACAGCGCGUCAUAGACCAGUACCAGAUGACGCCCGAGAUGUGGGAGGAAAGGAUCAAAAUAUGGUACGCAGACCACAAGGGCAUGUCACGCGACGAGGCUGAGAUGGAAUAUCUGAAGAUAGCGCAGGACUUGGAUAUGUACGGCGUUAACUACUUUGCGAUUAACAAUAAGAAAGAAACUGAUCUAUAUCUGGGAGUGACAGCAUUGGGUCUAAACAUAUACGAGAAGGACAACAAACUGACACCAAAAACAACCUUCCCGUGGUCAGAGAUCAAGCACAUAUCGUUCGACGACAAGAAAUUCGUCAUCAAGUUUGUGGAGAAAACUGUCAGCAACUUUAUAUUCUUCUCACCGAAGGGAAUGAAUAAAUUGAUACUAGACCUGUGCAUCGGCAACCAUGACCUGUACAUGCGGCGACGGAAGCCGGACACUAUGGAGGUGCAACAGAUGAAGGCGCAGGCCAAAGAAGAAAAGCAGAGGAGACAGAUAGAGCGCAACAAGCUCGCGCGCGAGAAGCAGUUGCGCGAGGCGGCGGAGAGGGAGCGCGCGGCCAUGGAGCAGCGCCUGCUGCAGUACCAGGAGGAGAUACGGCUGGCCAACGAGGCGCUGCGUCGUUCGGAAGAAACGGCGGAGUUGCUGGCGGAGAAGGGUCGCGUGGCUGAGGAGGAAGCGUCGCUACUGGCGCAGAAAGCCACCGACGCGGAGAGAGAAAACGCCAGGCUGAGACUCUCCGCCAUAAGGACGGAAGAGGAAAAGGUACAUUUAGAACGUAAGACUCGAGAGGCGGAGUUCCUAACGGCGCGGCUAGUCGAGGAGUCGGAGAAGCGCGCGGCGGAAGCGGAGAGACUGAAAGCGGAGCUGGUGGCGGCGCGGGUGGCGGAGAAGCAGGCCAAGGAGAAGCUUCUCAACUUCCUCAGCAGGACUUCCAAUGGAUCUCUGCCUCCGCCCCCAGCGGCGGCCACAUCGUUGUUCCCGUCGACGUGCUCUCUGCCGGCCGAGCUGGGCGAGGCGGCGGGCGCGGCGAGCGGCGCCAGCGACCCCGAGCUCAACUCCUACCAGCUCGUGCCCGACGACUCCGACCCGCACAUCCACCGCCUCUCGCUGGAGAUUGAGAAGGAGAGAGUGGAAUACCUGGCGAAGUCGAAGCACCUCCAGCAGCAGCUGGACGAGCUGCGCUGCGAGUUCUCGGUGCUGCGCGUGGAGCAGGGCGGCGCCACGCUCGACCGGCUGCACGAGGCGCAGGCGCGCGCCGGCGACGACAAGUACAGCACGCUGCGCCGGCUCAAGCAGGGCUCCACCAGGACCAGGGUCGCCUUCUACGAGGAGCUGUGAAAUUGCUGGUAUGGAGUUGAUAAUUUGGCAAAAUCCAUAUGUUUCAUUGAGGAAGAAAAUUACAAAAGCACGCCACUAGUGCUCACGCGCAUGCAUGCGUUAUACAAGCUUCCUCUACAUUACGUAUGUACAAAUAUAUGUCAUAAUCUACAAAUAAAUAUAUUGUUCUGUCAAAUGUAGUUCAAAAUGUUAACAUAAUAAAUUGUUAUAAAAUGGAAUUUAUACAAAUUCUCGUACCUAGUGCCUUAUAAUAUCUUAAAGGAUAGAUAGUUGUCGUUAGAAUGAAAUAGAGCAAGCGAUAAUUCUGAUGAAAACUAUGUCAACAGAAUUCUUAUUGCUUUGGGCUGACAUUAAAUUACACUUCAAAUAUUUCAUUAAUCAUACAUUAUUGUAACUUGUUUUGUAAUUGCUAACUUCACAAUGUCGAUCUCCCUAAAAAAUACAUCGAAAGAUUAUAAUGUGUACAAUAAAUUCAACAACAAAUACUCUGAUGUGUCUCGAGGUGGAUUUUUUAUAAACAAUCAAUUCAUUCAUAUUUAUAAAAAAAUACUAUUUAUAUAGCCUACAAUGGGGAUGAUGACUAGGUUUGAAUAUAUUGAUUUUUAUGAUACAUUCGGGUAAAUAGAGUCAAUGUUAACUAAUUUGUAUAUAAAAAGCAAAGAUUGUCUGGAUAUUUGCAAAAUAAAUGAGAUUAUAAAAUUUCAAAAUCUAUUAAAAAUCUUUUAUCGUAAUUAGAUAAAAAUUCAUACAGUUUUAGCUUCCUUACAUUAAAUGUAACAUUUUUUAAUAUAUGAACUAUAAACAUAAACGCAUAAAUAACAAAGAUAUUAGUAAUUUUGUUUGUACGCACAUACAAAUUUCAAUCAUUACAUUACCUACGACGUCAUUAGCUCGUGCCAUUUUGUAGGGGGCGUUUUUCAGGGAUCCGCGGCAGCGCCGCAAAUCUGACCCUUUAAAUCCCUCUAGCUCCGAAAGUAAUGAUCGCAGAUACCCUGUUACUUUUACAAAAUUGCUUUACUAUUAGCGUACUCUUAAUUUAUAUACAAUUUAAAAAACUGUCAUCAUCCCUAUUAAAUCAACUUAUUUUUUGAUUGAUUGAUCAAUUGUCACACAAAAUGUGUAUUUUAUUUUAAUAUUUUCAUUUUACUGUAAAUCUAAGAUUUAGAAUUAGUUACUGAAAAUGUGAUAAUUUGACUCAACAAUAACAAUGUUGAGUUGACACAUUUCUUAUACUUUUAGUCAUAAUUAUAAUAUACUAGUAUAUUCGUGGAUGAUGUAUGUUUUUUUAUAUUUUUAUACGCUUACAAAUUACGAUCAUAAUAUUUAUUGUUAUAUCUUUGUUGUUGACUAGCAAACUUCUGCGUAUCACCACGUUAAGUGUUAAUAAAAUUUAACGCACCUUUAUUGUCUCGGUCAUAGGGAAAUUAUGUGAAUGAACAUAGCACAAUGUAUUGAACCUUUAAUAAAUAAUGACAUAUGUCAAUACGCAUAAAUGAGUCCUUGUUGACAUGGUACAGGAGUACGGAGGGCUGACUAUAAAAAGAACAAAUAGCAUACCUGUUAAUGUACGAAUGACAUUGCAUAUUGACAUAUGUCAUACAUUGUUGAAAAGGUAUAAUAUAAUACAUCGUAGCGCGGUGUUGUGUCCUUUGAUAUUCGCGUGCCUUAAUUGUACAUACAGGGAAAUUUUAUAAUAAAUCAGAGUAGAUACAAUAUUACCAUAGACAACGCUUAUUAUUAUAGACUAUAAGGUUAUUUUUUUAAUUACAUGUUGGUACGAUUGACGUCACUAAAGUUGAUAAUGUGAAUUAAAGUACAAGAAUUGUUUUAAUACGCUGCCUUUUACUUCUCAGUAGUAACUAGAAUUUAUUAGUAUACCUCUAUAAGAUGACAUUAUCAUUUAUGAAUAAAAUCCUAUUUUGAACAAAAAAUAGUAAUAUUUUCACUUUGAACUUCCUAAGAAUUUCUAACUUUUGUGAAGUGAACCGUAUCCACAUUUUAUGUUUGUAAUGUUUCGUCACAAAAUUUAAUCUAAUUACGUUUUAAGUAUUAUGCAAAAAUCUUACACGAAUCAUUUUUUAAAGAUGCGUAUGACGUCAUUAAUACAAAGACAAAAUUAAGAUACUUUGGUAUCGACGCCAUUUGCAAUACUAGCGAUUGAAAAAUGGCUCGUGUGAUAUCUACAAUAUUAUGUUACGCUUGACUGAUAUUUAUAUAAAUAGUCCCAUAGUAAAUAAAACCGACUUCCUAAUAUGUUGAAAAUAUUUUAUUGUUUUGGAUUGGAACAGACAACGACGAGUGUUUGACAGGUGUCAUUUUCAGUGUGAUGUCAUGUCUUUCGUGCUCCAUAGACACACUACAGAAAAGCAUUGUGUAUUUUAUGUUGACAUACCAAGUUUUCCAAAGAUCAACAUUUUUUGACUGACAAAACUCUCCCCUUUAAAGAGGGAAUAGCCGUAAAUAUAGUGCUAACAUUGAUAAUGACUGAAUGAUGGGCCAGAAUUCAAAAUUAUUUAGUUAAAGUAGCGGUUAAAGGACUCGUUUUAUCUUACGUACAUUUUUGGUCCAAAUAUGAAAUUGCAGGUCAAAAGAAAACAGGGCUAUACUCUUUUGCCACUGCUCCAUCUAAACAUUUUGGCCUUUAUAGUAGAGGAGCCGAAUAUAAGAUUUUUGCAGUUACUCGAGCGCGGCAGUUGAACAUAAGAUUCUAUACCUUGCACGUUGUUGAGUACCUCCAUCAAGUAUGUGCUCUUAAUAUUGGUGGGUACGUUUAGGCAACCAAAAAAACCAAGCAACCUCAAAAAUACUCAUCCAGCAUGUUAGAUUAGGAUAAAGUGCCUUUAAAGACUGCAUUUUAUUACACACCGCUGAAAGAAAGAAAAGUAUAUAACCAUUUUUACGAGGAUUUCCUAUCAUCUAAUCUACCAAAUCUAAUCGGUCCCCAUGACGCUUUAGUAAAAGAAAAUUUAGCAUCCCGGGUUUCCCUACUAUUUUAAUACCGAGUUGUAUAUCAUGCUUGUUUAGGAGUGGUUAUCGUAAAAGUUUGAUUUACGAACCUACCACAGGUUUAUCUAUUUCAGUAUUAUGUUAAUCAACCAGAUUAAAUUAUAAUGUGAACACUAAUAGAUUAUAAUCAAUUUUUCCAGUCUUUUCUUGGAUUUAAUAAUAUGGAGUAACAUAAAAAAAUAUAUCUAUACUAAUAUUAUAAAGAGGUAAAGUUUGUAAGUUUGUAAGUUUGUAAGUUUGUAACAAUUUUUUGAAAUGGGGUAAUCUUCGGAACUACUGGACCGAUUUUAAAAAUUCUUUCACCAAUAGAAUGCUACGUUAUCGGGGAGUGCUAUAGGCUAUAUUUUAUAUUUAUAUCAUAUAUAACUACUGAGAUAUCGCGGGUUUUCUCUUACAGGUCAGACCGAAAAACUUACUUAUUCGCAUGCGCAGCCUCAACCAUUGCGUAUAACUGAAAUAAAUGUAUGGAGGCUUUUUGAACCUUUAAAAAUUCUACAAAAAAGUCCGCGACACCAUAUAUUUAUCUUUUAUAUUUUAGCAGAUAUAGUACCUUUAGUACUUUAAUAAAUUAUUUAAAUUUUAAACUAAGGUUUACGUCAUUAUUUACACAACUAAACUUAAAUACUUAUCAAAAUAAAUUAUUUAAUAAUCACAAGGAUAUUAUAGAGAUAAGAUUUGCCCUUUACAGUAUGUUAAUUAGUUAUAUAGUUUCGGAGAUAAUACAAAAUUUCUGAAAGUCGCAGAAAUGCCGCUAUUUGACGCCCCGCGGUUUCAAUUACGUGGUUCCCGUUCCCGUAUGAAUAUGAGGACCAAACAUAGCCUAUGACACUCGCAAAUAAUGUAGCUUUCUAUUGGUAAAAGAAUUUUCCAAAUCGGUCCAGUAGAUCCAGAGAUUACCCCCGACAACCACACAAACUUUACCUCUUUAUAGUAUUAGCAUAGAAGUCGCUUGGGAAAUUAUAGUCUUUUUGUCAUUGCACCACGCACAAAAGGCUGGACCAAUUUUGCUGAGGGUAGGGAUAGGAUAGAGGUAGGGAAGGGGUAGGAUAGAGGUAGGGUAGGGGUAAUUUAGGUAAAGUGCAGGGUAGGGUAGGGUAGGGUACGGAUAAGGUAGGGGUAGUGUAGGGUAGGGGAAAGGUAGAGGUAGGGGAAGGAUAUGGAACGUAUAGGGUAGGGGAGGAGUAGGAUAGGGGUAGGGUAGGGUAGGGGUAGGGUACGGGUAGGGUAGGGUUAGGGUAGGAAUAAGGUAGGGGUAGGGUAGGGGUAGAUUAGGGGUAGGGUAGGAUAGGGUAUGGAUAGGUUACGGGUAGGGUUAGGGUAGGGUAAGGUGGGGGAAGGAAGGGUUAGCGUUAGCGGUAGGGUAGGAGUAAGGUAGGGGUAGGGUAGGGUAGGGUUGGGUAGGUUUACGAGCAGGAUAAGGUAGAGGUAGAGAAGUUUACAUCAAUUUUUACGCGGACGAAGUCGCGGGCGUCCGCUAGUUAUGUAUAAUUUAUGAGGAUUUGAUAAUUCAUUUUUAUCACAUUAGGAAGUCUGUGUAUAAUCUAUAAUAUUUAUUCAUAAUAAUAAAACGCUCUUAGUUAGUUUGACUAUUUUAUAAAAUUUAAAUUGUAAGAUCUGUUUUUUUAGUUAGUCUUAAUUUUUUUUUAUGAAAAAUCUAAUGUCAUUUUGUUCGUAAAUCCAAAGAAAUUAAAUUAUUUAUGUUUUAGGGUAAUUCAAAAGUAUAUACUUGUGAGAUAAUGUUAACUUGAUACUGAUAUAAACAGACAGACCUUUGAUAUGCUGGGAAAAUCUCAUGAACACUUUCUCAGUGAAGAAUUUUUACCAGAUUGACUCAACAUAUCUAUAUACAGGAUGUCUCGUAAUUAAUUGAUAAUUAUAUAUUAAUGGAUAAUAAACAAAAAACAUUAUUUAUAAAAAUAGUAUAUAAUUGGUAAUUUAAUCCGCAAUGUUUAACAAAAAUCAUAUUUUAAAAAUAUUAAUUACAGUAGCUACAGCAUUGAACUGAUUCAAGAUAGAAAAAUUUAAAACAUCCGAUGAAACAAUAUAACUUGGUCACCCUAGGGAUUUUUUCAAAACUAUUCAAAUUAUUUUCAAAUUGUUAAGUGGUGUAUCUACCAUUUGCUUUUUAUUUAUUAAUUACGGGACAUCCUGUAUUAAGUUAAAGAAGUAGAUCCUUACUCUGUCUCACCUGUGGAUCUUACAUGCGUGCUAAGAGAUGACAUAUAUCGCUUUGUUGGUUCCAUACCAACUUCAGAGAUACAUAACAUAAAUAUAUAGCUCUCUUUUGUUGCGGCGGGUUGAAAGAUAAAAGCCUACCAGACUUCUUUAUAUUUAUCUACCUAUCAGUAUCAGGAUUUAGCAUACCAUACCAGUUAUUUUGAGAAAAAACCAUUUCUGUCUCAUUAUUAAAAAAAAAUAUAUUAAAAAUCCCCCACUUCAGCAAAUCUCAUUUAUUUUGACCAAAAUAGAAAGGUGAAUAGGUACAGAUGAUACCGAAAUAAUCGGCCGAUUUACCGCACUAUUUAAUUGUAUAGUUAUAUUUAUUGACUACUAUAUUCAUAGAUGAAAAGUUAAGCAGGUCCCACACCAAUGCGUGCGUACACUUUGCGUCCGACCAAACGGAUACUGGACGCAUUGAUGUGGCCUGCCCUUUACUAUAAUCCAUUUGUACCGGACCAUUCUGAUGCGUACCUUUUGUCUAUUGUAAUAAGUUCCUCUGUUUUAGUUGUAAGGGCAUCUAUAGUACGUUUAACGAAGCGUGAUAAAUAAUGUAAACAAAAUUGACCUCGUACGUCUAGCGUAUUCAAGAGUUAGGAGGUCGAUUGACCUCGUACCGGACCACAUAAAGUUCUAGUAUGAGGUCAAAAAGCCUCGUACCGCACCAGAGGAAAGUACAGAAAAAUCAGUGCCGCUGCGAACGUGUUAACAAUGAUGACGUCUAAGAUGAAACGUCUUUUCACUGUUGUCUUGAAGAUGCACCAAUUGUAGGUGUCAAGUAACACAGACGCCGGAUUCCACAUUCACUUCUAAUUAGAAACGUCAAUGCAAAACGUUUCAUGCGGGUUGACAGAACGUCGACAACAAAUUCAAUAUACUUGAAGGGAAUCAUUGACCUCUUAUAAUAAAAGGACACACAAGCAUGAAAAAAAUUCACUUAAAAACUGGCCAAUUUUGCUUUGACAGUUUUAGACUUAUUGGUAAAGAAAAUUAUAUCUAAAGGCCUUCAAAUAUAGUAGCCAAUAUUCAAUAAAAUCCCAAAUUCAACCUUAAGGAUUGAGUAUAAGGUUGAAUUUGCAAAUGCGACUACUUGAAUUGAGUGCCAAGAAGUUGUGUUUGGCGCUCAUUGAGUGGGGACGUUUUUUGGUCGCUGAUUGUGCAUCCACUUUAUUAGGAGAUCGAUGACGACGUCUCGCUGUUCUGUGGUACGUAGAAUGGGGUUAACUAACUCGCUUUUUUAUGUAACUUGACAAUGGUUAGGUUGUUUACGUAUUUAGCUCGCCUUGUUAAACUUACUAUAAACGGUUAGUUUGUUCAUCAUUUGACAUAAAUAUGUGAUAAUAUGUCAAGGUAAUUGUAAUUAUUUGUAAAUCGUUUAAAAACUGGGCUUCCGUCACCACAAAUGUUUCUUGUACCUAACUGGGUUCUUGGGUUUUUGUUGUUGACACAAAUGAUGGAUUUUGAUGACGUCAAUAUGUCCAAUCUUUAGUUAGAGACGUUAAAAUUUACUCAAUGAUCCAUUAAAUGGAAUAAUUUGAACCCCAGAACCUAUUUAAGUUUUAGCAGGAUAAUAGAAGUCAUGUCUAAGGCUAAUGGCAUGGUAAGAAUAAUAAAUAAUGUACAAGAGUUUCUGAAGUUUCAAGUUUGAUGUGCUAAGGUUUUAAUGUACUUUUUUUUUAAUAUGUAGGCUAUCUACUCGUUAGUCAUCGGUAACUAAGUAUGGAAGUGGGAUGCGAUCAUUGUUGUCUUUUUAUGUCUUGAAAAAUACUCGUCUCAAAAGUCAAAAAAUGUUUGGUCAAAUCGAUAAGUAAUACAAUUGACCUUAUUAAUUAAUAUUUUAUCUAGUACCGUCGAAGACCGUUUAAGUCGUUAAUAUUGGAGGUCGCCGAAAAUUGAACCCAACUUUUAAUUAAUACUAAUGAAAGAUUGGGAGGCAAUCUUUAUCUACCUAUCAGUAUAAUAAUUUUUAGGGUUCCAACUGUAAUAUACAUAAGUAUUUCAAAAUGUAUUUUAAGAAACAAUCUCUUUUUAAUUUAAUUUCUAUAAUGAAAGAAAACGUAAAUAAUUCAAAGAUACCUUCUUCUUCUUCGGCCUCGCCUUUUCCCGUUUAUACGGGGUCGGCUUUCCCAAUCAUGUGGCGCCAUUUUGUACGCUCCUUUGCGUCAUCGUCUGUCAUGCCCUUAUCUUUCAGGUCCUUACGGACCUUCGUUAACCACGUUGUUGGUGGUUAACGAAGGUCCGUAUUCAAUUCAAAGAUACCCAUAUAUUUUUUAAAUGUAAAUUAAAGACCUUCACUUUGAACCCUAUUUUAAAUCUAUAUUAGAAUAUUUGUCUCUAGGUAGGUAGGUAGUAUUUUGGACGAAAGCCCUGUGAUGAUAAUGAUGAAAUAAUUCGCGGUUGGUGUUUGGCUAAUGGUGGCUUUGGGAGAUACUAAGACAUUAGUCCAAUUUUUUUGCCAAGGCCGCUAAAUCAGUUAGUCGCCAAUAUCUAGGUAGUAUCAUAGUAAUAUUUCGGAUAGACCGUCUUCCAAAAAUAUUUAGUAUACAUAUAGAUAGAUAGGUAGGUACCCACAUAGUCAUUUUUACAUGAUCAUCAAUUCAUCAUUGUCACUACACAGUAUUCAUUUUCUUCUCUGUUUGCAAUCGCUAAUCUUAAAAAUCGUCGUAGCAAAAAUUUGGGUUAAAGAUCUCCAUAAAUAGAUAAUGUUAUGGAAUGUUAUCAGCAUCUUACUGCGAUUUUAGAUGACAACUGUUUAUGAUUAAACUGUCUCACUGGACAAUUCUACCAUUGAUGUACAGUGCCACAAACAUAUGAGAUAAUAAGCAUUGACUAAACAACAUUGGUAGUAUUGCUUCAGUUUUUGUUGGCUAUAUUAUAAAUUAUUUUCAAAGAGCUAUUUGUGCCUUUAUAUGAAUUUUCUCAUAGGUUUUGAAAUGAGGCAGUCUUCUUGUUUCGUCGUUUUUGACAGACUAGAAGGUAAAGGGGGAGCCGAAGAUACCUUGAAUGUUGUUGAGUAUUUCCAAAAGUACUCUAUUCGGCUCCUGUAGUUUGCAGGAAGAAAGUGGAAGAAUAUGGUUUUAAGUUUUUACAAAAUCACCGCAAAAAGUGAUCCGAAUUUAGCGUCACCACUGCGCGCAUAAAUAGGUACACAGUUUCGUGUUUACUUACAUAAUAGAUUUAUGUAAAUACAUACAGUUCCUGAACACAUCUCGACAUUGUAUUGAAUAUUUAGGUAUUAUUUGUUUAAAUAACUUUCCUUAUUUACUAUGCGAUUCAAUAAAAUUAAGACAAUUAGCCGCUUUUGUCCGCCUCAGUUUUGACGAGCUAGUGACAUAUUUCAAUUAUAAAAUCUUUGGUUUUAAUAAUUAAGAUUGGAAGCCCAUACAAACAUUGACUAAGUAAAGUACCUAUGUAUGUUAUUACUGAUAAUAAUUGUAAUAAGUACCUAAUUGUGCCUUAAGAAGUUUUAUUAGUUAGAUAUUAUAUUUUGUAAAUAUAUUUGUGAUUUUUAAAAUAUUAUUUGUAAUAUUUUGUAAAUAUAUAUUUAUACAAAAAUCAG